CAAGCCGGAAGUAUUUACAUUCUGUUAGCAUACACCAGCUAGUACAAGGCACCUCAACUUCAUAGCUAUUUUUGACUGUUUUUGCUCCAUGCCUGUCAUAACCAAAAAGAAACCACAACGACGCUAGCUGAACAAGCACAUAACGUAAAAAAAAAACACUUUAAGAUAUUUGCUUCAUGGGCUUGUUUAACGUUUAUUUUCUGCGCUAAACUGACAUGGCUGCUAACCCUCCAGCACCAGGCUUUCAGAACAAGACCCGGGUGGCCAUCCUGGCGGAGCUGGACAAGGAGAAGCGGCGGCUGAUGCAGAGCCAGUCCCUGAACAGCCCCGGAGCCAACAUCCCUUUGUCGUCCAGACCCGUCCUGAAGGAGGUGAGGGACAGCGCGGAGCAGCAGCACAUCGCCGCGCAGCAGAAGGCCGCCCUGCAGCACGCCCACGUCCACUCGUCCGGCUUCUUCAUCACUCAGGACUCCUCGUUUGGGAACCUCAUCCUCCCGGUGCUCCCCCGGCUAGAGCCCGACAUUUGACUCUGAGCCUCCCGACAAAUAUUGACCAGUGCCCCGGCCCGGCUGGACAUUGUCAGCAACUUAUAUUUAAACGAUACACGUUGUUGUAUUUCUCUCUAUUUUGGGUUCUAUGUCCUGUAAUCAAUUUAUUAGUGAUUUAGGCAUCCUAAAAACUCCACUGACAGAAUAAAAUAUGAUUUAUGAACGCAA